AUGCCUAAAAUAGAAGAUAUGCAUUCUGCAUUGAGGGACUGUCAAGUAUUCAGUGUAUUAGACCUGAAGCAAGCUUAUCAUCAAAUUCCCAUUUCAACUGAGUCCAUUCCAAAGGAUGCUACGGCUCUAGGACUUAUGAUGCUUUACCCACGAUUUAUGCCACACCAUUCCACUGUAUUAGUACUGCUGAAUAAUCUGCUUAAGAAGAAUGUACCUCGGAAGUGGACUAAAUCAGAAGACGCAGCUUUCACAGCAGCUAAAAAUCUUUUACUAAAUUCGAGAACACUAGUACAUUAUAAUGAAUCAUUGCCUCUUGUUCUCUCAUGCGAUGUUUCUUCUUAUGGUGCAGGAGCGGUAUUGUCACAUGUCAUUAAUGGGAAACACCAACCGAUAGCAUUUGCAUCAUGUACAUUAACUGAGGCCCAACGAAAUUAUUCACAGCUUGAGAAGGAAGCUUUCAGCAUAAUAUUUAGACUUAAACGAUUUCAUCAAUAUCUCUGUGGUAAUUCAUUUACUAUCCUAACUGAUCAUCGCCCACUCCUUACAUUGUUGGGACCACAUUGUUCUGUUCCAGCCCACACGGCUUCACGACUACAAAGAUGGGCACUUAUCCUAGCCUCAUACCAUUACAAGAUUGAGUACCGAAGUACAACUACACAUGCUGACGCUGACAGCAUGUCCCGUCUACCUUUACCACAAACUUGGUGCCCUAAAAGUGAAAAUGUAGAAUGUUAUUUCUUUGAAGCUGGUGUUGUUACUAAUGUAACUGCUGAAAUGAUUAAGAAAAAGACACAAGUGGAUCCUGUUCUUUCUUUAGUAUAUAGAUACAUACAAAGUAGUUGGCCCUCUGUAGUUGAUGCUGAUAUGAUUCCGUACAAAAACAGAAGUGAUCAACUAACUAUUCAUCAAGGAUGCAUCCUUUGGGGAGCUCGGGUUGUUGUUCCUCCAUCUCUUCGAAGUGAAAUGCUAACCGAAUUACAUGACACCCAUCCGGGCAUGACAAGAAUGAAAGGGCUUGCGAUGUCUUAUGUCUGGUGGCCAAAGAUUGAUUCUGACAUUGAACAGACUGUGUCCACUUGUCCUGUUUGCCAGAAAAUGCGAUCAGAGCCAGCAAAAGCGCCAGUACAUCCCUGGACUUUUCCAUCACAACCUUGGUCUCGCAUUCAUAUCGACUUUGCUGGGCCUAUUGCUGGGAAAAUGUAUCUGGUGGUAGUUGACGCUUACAGUAAGUUUCCGGAAGUUGUUAAAAUGACUACUACAACAGCUACGACUACUAUAAAUGCACUGCGAGAUAUCUUUAGCCGCCAUGGUCUUCCGGAAAUAUUAGUUUCCAAUAACGGACCGCAAUUCAUUGCCGGCGAGUUUCAACAGUUCUGCCGUAACAACGGAAUUAUGCAUCGAACUUCUGCAGCCUACAAACCUUCAACGAACGGUCAAGCUGAACGAGUUGUUCAAAUUUUGAAAUCGGCGAUUGAGCAAGCUCGAAUUACUAAACAGGAUGUGAACGUGGUUAUUGCUAAGAGCUUACUAGUGUAUCGUAAUGCACCACAUUCUACAACGGGUGCGGCACCUUCAGUUUUACUUAUGGGCAGACGUCUGCGAACCCGACUUGAUCUAGUCUUUCCUUCCGUUCAGGAACAUGUGAAGCAAAAGCAAUAUAAAGUCCUUGAACGUUCUGCGAAUUUAAACGUGCGAUCCUUUGUUGAAGGGGAAAAUGUCUUAGCACGUAAUUAUCAAGGGAAAGAGAAAUGGAUUCCUGGAGUGGUCACUAAAGUUCUUGGUUCAAGGCACUACAUGGUUAGAGUACCUGGAUAUCUGUGGAAACGACAUGUAGAUCAGUUAGUCAAAUACAAUCCGCAGAUUGAACCAGAAAAUGAUUGGGAUGAAGUUGAGAUCUCUCCGGAAAAGAGUGGGACACCGGAAGCAGAACAAUUAUCUGAAAAUUCGAACAGAUAUGGAAACACCUCGGGUACUAGUAGCAAUGAUUCUGUAGAAAAGAAUGAUAAUCAAAACUCUGUUACUGAUAAUUCAAGUGCGAAAAACACAGGUUCCGCUGAAAGACGUUAUCCGUUAAGAGCUAAUCGAGGAAGAACAGAUCAUUAA